AAAGAAAACCAAAAGGAAAACAAACAAAUAAAACAUUGGAAGUUUUGUUUUUGAGUAUCUUGAGUUAUUAGGAAAAUGGGUAGUGGUGGUGAGGCGCUUUUUAGUCGUUGCACUGCGAUGAUCAAAUGAAGGGCAAUUACAGGAAAACAGCUGGCAGCAGUAGCUAUAAAGGGCUGAAAACCAAUGGAAAUUAUUUUAGAUAGCCUCAGUUGCUUCAGGUUUUUAGGAUGUUUUGGUUAACGUCGCUCUGUUUGCUGCUGCUGCCGGCGUUAUUGUUGAAAUCGGUGAUGGCAACAGGCUUUGCAGAGGAACAAGUUCUCCACCAUGAGGUGGACCCGGAUCCGAGUCGCGUGAAGUACAUUUGGAAUCCGUUUCCGGGCUUCUGCGGCGAGAAUGCCAGCAUGAUGAGGUGCGCUGGUGUCUGCCCCGAAACCUGCGCCUUUAAAUCGCUCAAGUGCCCCAGCUUCUGCGGUGUGGACUGCAUAUGCAAUCCGGGCUAUGUCUUCAAUGAAAGCCUGCAGCUCUGCAUCUUGAAAUCUGACUGUUCUCAAGUUAUAAAACAGGAAGUUGUGGAAACUCACCGAGUGUUUCAGUAAAGGCAAACUUAUUGAAUAAAACUUGAAUCUCUAAUAAUGGUCUCUCCAGAAGAGUAAGAGCAACUAAAACCUGUUUAGAAAUUAGUUGAAUUAAAAUUUCACAGAGCUCCCAAGUAGAACCAUAUUUAAUUUAAUGUGGAACCAUUAAAUCGCAGUUUCAAAAAUACUGUCAAUAAUGGCA